CUCUAAAACCCUAAACCCUGUAAAUCUCCCAUUUUCAUUUCCCCUAAUGCUUCGAUUAAUCCUCAAAUGUCCCCUUAAACCUCAAUUACCCUACUCCAUCCUGCUCCUUAAAUCCUCUUUCUCCGCCGCCAGCCUCGCCGUCGACCACCCUGAACCACCACCAACCACCACCACCAAAAUUGCAUUUUCAAACAUCCUCACUUUUUUUCAAACUUAUUGCACUAAAGGCUCUGCAAAGCUUUUAAAAGCCGACCCAUGUUAUAAAAAUUUAAUCUUUGAGCUGAAUGAAUUAGAAAUAGAAGACAUUGUUGAGAAACUGAGUGUUGAGAAUUCCGAUUCUGCCCUUGAGUUCUUUUUCUUGUUGAGAAAUGAUUAUGGGUUUAAGCAUUCGAGAGUGUCACACGUUAUUGUUGCUCAUGUUUUGGCUAAAAAACAGCGGUUUAGAGCUUUGAAGUUUCAUUUGCAAAAUUUGGUUCAAGAAGAAGGCUCGGGUUCAGCUUCUUUGCUAAGUGAGCUGCUUUCGAGUCGCUUUCAGAAAUGGGAUUCUAAUCAUGUUGUCUGGGAUAUGCUGGCUUCUGCUUAUUCCCAAUGUCAGAUGGUUCUCGAUGCUCUCUUUGUUUUUGCAAAGAUGAAAAAUUUCAAUAUCCGGGCUUCGAUAAUUUUAUAUAAUAAUUUGUUGUAUAAGCUGAGGGACACUGAUAUCAUCCGGGAUGUCUAUGAUGACAUCAAAGCCAGUGGGAUAAACCCGAGUGAGUAUACUAAUUCCAUUCUUAUAGAUGGCCUAUGCAAACAGUUCUCGAUGCAAGAAGCUGUUGAGUUUCUUCGAGGGACUGAAUGUAGAGAGUUUGGGCCUUGUGUUGUGUCUUUCAAUACUCUUAUGUCAAGUUCCUGUAAAAUGGGUUACAUGGAUGUUGCAAAGUCAUUCUUUUGUAUGAUGUUUAAGUAUGGAUUACAUCUCAAUGUAUACAGUUACAAUAUUCUCAUUCAUGGGUUAAGCAUGGCGGGUGCAAUGGAAGAAGCCUUGGAGUUCAAAGGUGAUAUGGAGAAACACGGUUUACAGCCUAAUGUGGUGACUUAUAACGUCCUUACCAAAGGAUUUUGUUUGCUUGGUAUGACAAGUGGUGUCUGGACAUUAAUUAAUGAAAUGCUUCAUAAAGGCUUAAAUCCUGAUAUUGUCACUUUUAAAAUGUUGAUAUGUGGAUAUUGCAAGGCAGUUAAUGUUGAUGAGGGUAUUAAGUUGGGAGAGGAGAACAGCGGUCAUAAACCAGAUACUGUCAUGUACUCGAUUCUCAUACAAGGCCUUUGUAAGAAAGGAUUGGUCGAGUUGGCUUUUCAACUGUACAGAGAUAUGUGUUAUAAGAGAAUUCUUCCAAAUAUUGUUGCUCAUAGAUCUAUUCUCAAAAGCUUCUGUGAGAAAGGGUACAUGUGUGAGGCUAGAGCUUUUUUUGAUGCUUUAAUGAACUGUGACUUAAUGGAUGAUGUUCUUUUGGGUAAUAUUAUGAUUGACGGAUAUGCAAAACGUGGUGACAUUGGUGAAGCUCUUCAGGUAUACGAACUAAUAAAAGAGAAAGGAAUAAUGCCAAGCAUAGUCACAUUCAACUCCUUAUUAUAUGGGUUCUGCAAAGCCAGAAAGCUAGAUGAUGCAAGAAAGUUGUUUGACACUAUUGUUGUACAUGGGUUGAUACCAACAGAGGUCACGUACACAACUCUUAUGGAUGCGUAUAGUGAGGAAGGAAAUAUUCAAACCAUCUUAGAGUUGCAAGCGGAAAUGAAAGCAAGGGGCAUGGAACCAACUCAUGUUACUCGUACAGUGAUAAUGAAAUGCCACGGCAAAACAAGUCAGAUGCAUGAGUCGGUUCGGAUACUAAAGAAUAUGUUAACGGCAGGUCCUUGGCCUGAUGAAGUUUCGUACAACACCAUUAUCCAAAGUUUCUGCAAAGCUCGAGAUAUGAAAGGUGCUAUCCGAUUACAUGAUGAGAUGAUAGACAACAAUCUUCUGCCAAGUCGUGUCACAUACAACAUUCUCCUUAAUGGUUUAUGUGUACAAGGAGACCUAAAGUAUGCUGAGAAACUAUUUUCUUCUCUCGAAGAUCGUGAUGUUGGCCUGAUGAAAUGUGAUUACACCAUUCUUAUAAAAGCACAUUGUGCAAAAGGUGAUGUGAAUAAGGCGGUGGGUCUGUUCAAAAAGAUGAUCGAGAAGGGCUUUGAAAUCUCUAUUAGAGAUUAUAGUGCUGUAAUUAAUAGGUUGUGCAAAAGAAACUUACUAUACGGUCCUUAUAAAAAGAGAAACUUAAUGGAUGAUGUGAAGGAUUUUCUGCAUAUGAUGUUGUCGCAUGGCAUAUCUGUUGAUUUACAAAUGUAUUCUGUUAUGCUUAACAGUUUUCGUCGUAUUGGUGAUCACAAUUCUGUGUUCCAGCUGUUCUCUUUGAAAAUUAAGUGUGGGUUAGAUACUGGUUGUAAUUGUGGUUAAGUGUACACGACACCAAUUCAGGAUGAUUACUAUGCUCUGCUGCAACAUAUGAGCUUCUUGUUUCAUGAGGUGUUACCAGAAAAGUUCAACAAGCUAUUCCUUGAUUUUAUAAGGAAUGUUAACUUAUUCAAAUAUUCAAUCCCAUACCUGGUUUAAAGAGAAAUUUUGGUAGAAAAGGAAGUGAAGAUUUUUGCUAGACAAAGGGGUCGAGUCAUGUUUAUGCAUGUAGCAUCACUUACAAAACAGAAAGCUGGUUUAUGUGGUAGAGUGAUUAUAUCCUCUGGUCAGCAUCAUCUUUGUAUGGAGAAAAGACAGAUUUAGGCAUCUGUAAGAAAAGUUAAAACAGGACUAGCUACAGAAUCCUGGUUCAUUCUCUAAAUUUUAUGAAGAGUCAAUGGUAGUACCCAUGGAAAGGAUGCACGAGGCUGCUUUCUUUCAUCCAUUUGCUGAACACGGGUCUAUUACUUGAUAUAUGAAGAAAUCCUGUACUUUUUUCUUGUUCAUGGCUCUAUAGUGAAGGGAUUCUUGCUCCCUGGCUUUGGAACAGGCAGAUAUGGAUUUGGUGGCAGAGCUGGUUGGAGUGACAUUGCCAAAAGGAAGGAAUGUAGUGUUUGGAAAUAAGUAUGGUCCUCCCAAGAUAAAUAUGGUGAAACUGUUCUUAAAGAGGUACAUCACAAGCAUUAACAAAUGGGCAGUCGAGUGCACUUAGCUCCUACUAUUAGGGGGGAGGGGGGCGGCUAGCGCCAGACCACGUUGGGUCAUAUUACAGAUCCAUCUGGACGAUCCUUUGGAAAAUGUCAAGAGUAAAAUUAGUUAGGGAAGCUGGUGCCAAGACUAAUAAUCUUGCUGGUGAUGGUUGCACAACAUCUAUUGUGCUUGCUCGUGGUCUGGCUGCUGAAGGUGCCAAGGGUUGAAGGGAGUGGAAUAACCUCUAGACAUCUCUUUUUUUUUAGAUAAAAACGGCUUUCUUGUUUCUGUUAUAAUUGUGUUUAGUCAUUAUCUUUCCCUAGUUACUGCCACGGGAGCAAAUGUUGUUCAAGUUGAUGCCUAGAGAGGUUGAGGAUCACGAGCUGGAAGAUGUUGCUGCUGUUAGAGCUGGCAAUGAUUAUGCCAUCGGGAACAUGAUCUCGAAAUCUCUAAGGCAGGUUGGGAGAAAAGGUGUUGUCACAAUUGAGAAUAAGGGAACUAUACUGAAACCAGUCUAGAAGUUGUAGAAGAUAUGCAGUUUGAUCGUGGCUAUUUGUCACCUUAUUUUGUAACUGAUCGACGAAAGAGGACUGUGGAGCUUCACAAGUGUAAGGAGCCAAAUUUGGAAAGUGAGAUUGCAACCAGCAUGCGAACAGUUACAUUUCAUCAUAGAUCAACCAAUGAGACACAAAACAAUCACACUGGUCACAUGGAAAAAGUCACCGCUGGAAUGGUACAAGUUCGACUCCGAUGGAAGUUGCCCCAAGAUGGUGUUUGUGGUGCAGGUGGAAUUAUAAGAGAUCACAUAGGCAAACUUAUCCUAGCCUUCUCAAUCUUUCUUUCUCCUGGAACAAGCAAUUGGGCAGAAGGUAAGGCAAUGUUAUAUGGGCUGCAGCAGUGUAUGUCCAUAGAGGAGGCGAACUCAAAGCGGCUCAGCUCAUGUGUAGGAGGAGCGGCAUGCACCUCCUAUCGGGAACAACUCAUCUGCAUUCUGGCUUAGAGUCCAACAUUGCUAUCGGGAAGCAAAUAAGGUCGCGAACAAGCUAUAGCUACACUCUGCCACGUGCAUAAACAACAACUGAUAUUUACAAGAUUUGAGAGACUACCAAGAGUGGUAAGGCGUCUUAUGCAGCUGGACAGAUGGGAGAUGGCAUCCUUUAGAUCAAGACAAUUAAAGCAAUGGAUGUUGCUGCUCAACUUUAAAUGCUACUUUCGUUGUUCCGAGAACAAGGUGAUCACCAAAAGGAAUUACUGAAUAACUUAGAAAGAUGAAUGUAACUACUAUGGAUGGUCCGAUACUGAAUAAAGUCUAGACGCAGCAUGGUACUCUUUCUGCUACUAUGUUAAUGUAGAGGUGGUUUCAAAAUAAAUCUUUUAUCGAUAUCGGAUACUCAUAUUGAUAAAAUGAUUUGAACCGCUUAUUGUAAAUUGUAAAAACUGGGAUUUUACCCCUUUAUAGUCUUACUGGAAGACUUAGGUAAGUAUCAGAAAAAUAAUUCUUAAGUAGUGUUUUCUUAGGUAAUGGUUAUUCCAUCUAUAACUAAACAGUAUUGUUCAUGUAUUUUUACAAAAGUAAUAAUGAUCCUUCGUCUAAUUUCA